CGUCACGUUAGUAGUUGAUAUUUUAGGUUAUGUGCUAAUAUACAUGUGAAAAAGUUUAUUUAAAAAAUACGAUUUGUAAUUAAAAGAAAAAUGCCAGAAGAAAAAGCAUCAAGUUUUGAAAUAAUACUUGGAACUUAUGAAGAAUUUACAUUAGGCUAUAAAUUUUGUUACAAAGACAAAAAGUGUAGUUUGGUGCAAAGUUUUGCAACACAUGAUCAUAGUGGAAGUGUUCGAACAAUUUCAUCAGAAGGUCGAUAUGCAGCCACUGGUGCUUCGGAUGAUCGAGCUAUUAUAUACGAUAUGCUUAAAAGACGUGAGCAAUCUGUUUUAACUCAUCAUAAUGGAACUGUAAAUUCUGUUGUAUUUACUCCUGAUGGAACUCAUUUAAUCACUGCUUCUGAUGAUGGAGUUUUAGCUGCUGUACGUUGUGGUAAUUGGCAAGUCGAAAAGGUUUGGCCAAAAGCACAUGGAGGUACCCCUGUAAAAUUCAUAGCCGUGCAUCCUAGCGGGAAAUUAGCAUUAACACUUGGUAACGACAUAACACUACGUACCUGGAAUCUAAUUAAAGGACGUCAAGCUUACGUUGUACGUUUACAACCGCAUAUGCGUAGUGCAGAUACAGUAGCAUGGAGUUCUGAUGAAAAAACUUUUGUGAUAUUUUCUCAAAAACAUUUAGAACUAUGGAGCAUUGAUCAAGGUGGUUGUUUAAUGAAAACUGAACGAAAAUUAUUAAUUUCUUCGGUACAAUGGAUUGGUGAUCAUAUUAUUGUAGGCCAUGAAAACGGUUCGAUUGUUAUACUUGAUAGAUCAUUAAAUGUAAUUGUUGAAGAUUUAACGCAUACAGUUCGAAUUAAAUGUAUUAGUAGUUUUAAUUCAAAGUGGAUAAUAACAGCUGAUAGUUCUGGUAAAAUUAUUGUAUGGAAAUGGCGGAAGAAUAAAUUAAUUAAAAAAUGUGACACAAAUGCCGGUUGUCGUAUCACAUGUAUGACAAUUGUUAAACCAAUUACGUUUGCUAAAGAUGAACUUAAAACGGAAAAUGUGGCAGAAGUAGUUGAAAAUGAAGAAACAAUUAGUGAUAUUGACGACGAUGGUAAUACAUCAAAGAAACGAAAAUCCAUUGCAUAUAUUGUUGAAGAACAUGACGAUAGUGACAAUAAUGAAGACCAAAAGGUGAAGAAGAAGAAAACUAAACAUUUGAAGAAACAAAAAAUACAAACGGAUCAUAAAAUUAAGGAGAAAGUGAGAAAAGGAAAACGGAAGAAAAAUGAAACUUAGGUUGUAAUUUUUUUUGAAAAUAU